CUCCCCGAACCCUGUCAACAUCUGUCCCCGAACCAGCCAUGACGUCACCGUGGUGUGUUCUGUCAAGUUUGAAGACAUCUACCCUGAGCCGGUGUUUCAACUGUACUGGGGCGGCCAACAAGUGCAGAAUGAGAAAGGAAAGUUGCGAACAGAUUCAUAUAAAAAACGUUACUAUACUCUAGUUAAUCACUAUACCGUCAAUGUCAAUCAAGCUGGAAGUAUCAACUUUCGCUGCGAGGUCUACAACUCAGUGCACACAAAUGAAAAAGCUUCAAGCAACACUUUAACAGUUCCAGUGAAUGCUCCACCGCCUUCUUCUCCAAAACUGACAAUAUCACGGGGAGUUUACCACGGGAUCCAGGGAUAUUCUGUCCCGAUGACCCCGGGACAGAAGUACUCAGCAAGCUGUGACGUGUCUGGGGGUCAGCCGCCCGUGUCAAGUGUCACACUGACCUGUCCAGGCGUGAGUCAGAAGACGAUGUCCGGGACUUCAGUGUCUCUGGCUGGCAUUGUAGUCGCUGAGUCGGCAGACCAGGAGAAGUGUGUAUGUGCAGCACAGCAUGUGUCACAGUGCUACAACCUGAGGACUGAGGUCACCAUUAGUGUGCUGUUUCCACCCCAAACUGUCACCUUUGAGAGAACAGACAGUGACAAUAACUCACCUGUGGACAUCUGCUCAGACUCUCCGCAACAGAUUAUACGGCUCCAGUGUAGAGCGACCUUUAACCCCCAGCCACAGUUCACAAUUCUCGUGAACGAACAAGAGUACGCUAGGUCAAGGCCAGAGCGUGUAGUUGGAAGUGGAAAAAACACCUACGUGUACUCGUAUGACUUUGUGCCGAAAGCUGGAGGAACCUACAACACCACCUGUACUGCCAAUGGAGACAAGACAGCGCCUGUUGAAAGUGACCAGCUCACCAUUCUCGUCAGAGAACCUCCUCAAACGGAACCGGAGAUCAUCAUCACCAACAUCGGACCAUCUGGCAACGUCUCGAAAAACCCGGAAGUCGUUUUAAAUAACACCGCUACAAAUGUCACGUGCUUGGUUGAUGGUGGAUACCCACCCGUGACGUCACAAGACAUUCUGUUGACUUGUGGGAAUAUCUCCGGCUCUGAACAGAUAACGCUUCCACCCGGGCUCUCUACAGAUGGAGAAAUAGCCUGCUCUUGUAGUGCGUCUCACAUUACUGGAUGUUACUCACGAUCUGCUCACACAAGAUUUAAGAUUUCAGCACUUCCACUGAGCACUGAGGCGAGCACGGACAACUCUGACGUCACUGUCAUCGCCUCUGUUGGUGUCGCUGUUGUCAUCGUCGUCGUUGUUGUUGUGGUGAUUGUGCUGGUGGUGAGGAGAAGAAGGCGACAUUCGGACAGGCUCUCCCAGGAUGACCCGUACGUGUAUCCCAGGGAUAUAGCAUUGGUCACGCGGCCAGUAGAUGACCCACGGCGGGUCACAGGUCAACCAACAAAAAUGAGCAACAGUACAGGGCGACAACGGGACAGGCUCUCCCAGGAUGACACUUACCUCAUUCCAUGUGAUGCACCAUUGGCCACGGAACCUGUAGAUGACCCACGGCGGGUCACAGGUCAACUGACAGAGACGGGCAACAGUACAAGCCACCAAGACGAAAACCUCUACGAAGAAGUAGAUUCUGACGACACUCCGCCAAGCGACAUUCACAGCCCUAUCCCAGUCAUGAGAACCAUGGCGGAAAUCAUCACAAUAGAGGCUCCGACAGACCCAAGUCCUUACAAUAAUGUAUCAGCCUCUGCACCAAGGUCAAGGGCAGGGCAGGACGGUCAAGGUCACAUCACAAACCCUACUGGAGAGUAUGACGUGUUUCCGGGUCCGGAUAGUGUCGUUUUUCUUUCUGAUCCUUACACCAGCAUGAAACCUGAGAACGAGUAUUCCCAGGCUGAUGAGGUGGAUGCCUCGUAUCUGUCAACCCAGGCUAGCUCUACAGGACCGGAGGGCUAUGUGAGUAUGGAG